AUGUCGCUGCAAGCCUACCUGAUCGGAGAACCAAUAAUCUACGGCCUGCUACUCGUCCCAAGCGCAUUCCUCGUUAAGCGUCAUGGCAAGCAUGGAUAUCUCGGUUGGGGGCUUGUCACGCUCUUGUGUCUGAUGCACGUCAUCGGCGGCGCGAUGCAGCUUACUGGAACCCGACAUGGCCUGUCUGUUCUCAACAGCUGCCCAGGUAUUCUCCUGCUCGCCUGUUGUGGUCUGUGGUGGGAAGUCAAUCACCAUCUCGAAUCAUUCAACAAGUCUGCGAAGAUCAAGGUUAUUGUAACCACCCUCCUUAUAAGUACCGGUAUAAUCUUGAUGGUCAAUAUCCAGCUCCGUACGCUAAGCAGUCGAACGAAAAUCAGCAUUGCUUGUGGAUGCUGGGGAAUAGCAUGGCUGGCAGCUAUUAUCCAGAUGGUCAUCAGUAUGAAGGCGCAGAGUUUCGGUUUUGGAGAGCCCCCUCAAAAGCUCCUUGUUGCUGCAACAUUCGGUACAGUCUGCGCUGGCCUACGCAUCUUUUUCAUCAUUUCGGUCAAAAUAAGACUCGUGUACGCGUUACAGCCAGGAGCUGGCAGCUUUUCAACGGCUGUGAUACUGUCGUGCGUACUUGUUCCUGAAGCUCUCGCAACGCUUUUCUUGAUUAUUAUUGAACUGAUGACGCGCGGGAUUUGUGGUUAG